GCCGGUGCCCCUCGGCGGGGGCGGCAGCUGGGUGACGGCCAGAAGAGUCCUCGGCGUGGCCCAAGGAGGUUCCGUCCGCGCAAGCUCCAUCCGCGCAGGCCUUUGCUAGGAAGCGAGAGGCAAGAACUCGUCGCAGCUGCAGGGCUGCAGCGUCCCGGCGGCCUGGGCCCGGCGGCAGCGCAGGAAGUAUUCACCAAGGUCAGAGAAGAAGUAUGGCCAGUCUGUCGUCCUAAUCUGGGCCCAGCUGUGUGCUUAAUUUACUGGAAAAAGGGUUUGGCUGAGGAGAUGGCCUCCAGCACUGGAAAUGAAAGGAGCGUGAACCCUGUGCUCAGAGUAAGCCAACUGGAUGCCCUUGAGCUGAACAAAGCCCUGGAGCAACUUGUGUGGACCCAGUUUACCAGCUGCUUUAGUGGCUUCAAACCAGGCGUGCUGGCUCAUCUGGAGCCAGAAAUAAAAGCUUCCUUGUGGCUGAUACUCUGGAGGUUCACUGUGUAUUCUAAGAACGCCACAGUGGGCCAGGCCAUCCUGAACAUCCAGUACAAGAACAGCUUCUCCCAGACGGAGAAGUACCAAGGCCUGAGCAAGCAGCAGAAGCUGUGGUACCUCGCCCUCACCGUUGGUGGCAGGUGGCUGGAAGAGAGGUGUUACGAUUUAUGCAGUAGCCGCCCGCUGCAGUCUCUCUGCAAAGUCAAGAGCCUGAUCAAUGUUGGCACUGGGCUGGUUAAGCUCUGUGGCCUCCUCAAUUUCCUGGUCUUCCUUCAGCAGGGCAGGUUCGCCACGCUCACGGAGCGUGUCCUGGGCAUCCAGGCGGUGUUCAGCAGGCCACAGGGCGUCCGCCAGCUGGGCUUUGACUACAUGAACAGGGAGCUCCUCUGGCACGGCUUUGCUGAGUUUCUCAUCUACCUGCUGCCCUUUAUCAACCUCCAGAAAAUCAAGCUGAAGAUUUCUUCUUGGUGUGUGCCUGUCGCAGGGCUUCCCAGCAGCGAGCAGGCAGCAGCCGCUCAGUGCAGGGAGUGCUCCCUGUGUGGAGAGUGGCCUUCCCUGCCUCACACCAUCGGCUGCUCCCACGUCUUUUGUUACUACUGCAUUAAAAGCAACUAUCUGCAUGAUCUGGACUUUACGUGUCCUAAAUGUGGCUCAGAGGUGCAGAGCCUGCAGCCGCUCAAGCACAAAAUUGAAAUGACAGAACUGCAUGGCUGAGGCGAGGGCGGUCGGAAAGAUGUGGGAAAGCCUCAUGUAAGAAAAUUCACAAGUUACUGUAAACAGGCAACUUAAAGGUGGUGUUGGAGACUCUGA